UAACAUGGCGGACGAAUCGCCUGGAAAAAGUUUAUGGCGAAUUUUAAAUGCUAAAUAGUGAAUGAGCUGACGAAGAGUUGAGGGAAUCAUGGGUGUUAAAGGACUUUGGCAACUUCUAGAACCUGUCGGACGACCUGUCACUCUGGAAUCACUUGAAGGAAAAGUUCUUUCUGUUGAUGCAAGUAUACUAUUGAACCAAGCUGUGAAAGGGAUGCGAGACAAGUCAGGACAGCCUGUUCCUAAUGCACAUCUGGUUGUGCUGUUUAAUAGACUGUGUAAACUACUGUUUUACAGGGUGAAGCCUGUGUUUGUUUUUGAUGGAGGAGUCCCUGUUCUCAAAAAGAAAACUCUGGCUGCAAGAAAAGAAAGAAAGUUGAAAGCUAGAUAUGGGUCAAAYAAAGCUGCAGAAAAACUGAUWAAAAGUUACCUCAAAGGAAAAGCUUUGGAAACAGUAACUGGAAGAAAGAGUGGAAAUAAGAUCUUCCAAAAUAACAGUCCUAGAGAACCAGAUAUGUUUGAAAUCACUUCUCUUCCUGAGACCAAAUCUGCAAGCUCAGAAGAAGAAAAUGAAUUCAGUUUGCUUGAGGAGUUUUAUGCCMAAAAUGAUUUCGAAAACAAAUUCCAAGAUCCAUCAAUGAUCAAUGUUGACUCUGAGGAUUUCCGUUGUCUACCAGAAGAAAUACAACAUGAACUGAUCAAAGAUAAGAUGGAAGAGAAAAAGUUUACUGGAAUGCAUGAUAUGCCACAGGAUGGCUUUGAUUUCUCAACUUUUCAACUUCAAAGUGUUUUACAGCGUGGAAAACUCCACCAACGACUUGAUGAACUUCGCAAAAAUAUGAAUAGUCGAAAUACCGGUGAAAUUUCAGGAUURUCUUYUGAGGAUUCACUAGGAGCUGAAUGUAGUGUUCAGUCCAGGAGAAUUGUAUCUGAAGACACUGGACAUUAUAUUCUCGUAAAAACCAUGAAGGCUAAUGAUGAUAACACWGAAUGUGCAACAGGUGAUGAUUCCAAUGAAGGUGGGUUUUUCCAUGACAAUCAUAGUAUGCAGACUGUGAAACCCACUGUUGCUCCGUCAUUUAUGGACAUUGACCUGACUGGUGAGCAUGACAGUGACUCUGAAAUCACUUCUCCCCUAAUGGAUGUUCCUGAGAUAGAUUUGUCUUCGUGUUUGACUACACAUGACACAAAAGUAUCAUAUCCAGCAGAAAAUUACAUAACAACAGAAGAGAAAACUGAAUAUUUACAGUCAAGCAUAGGAAAAAUGGCUAUUGAUUCACAAGGAGAAUCAAAGAAGCUACAUGACUAUAGWGCAGGGUUGGAUGAAGGAGAUAGUUGUACUAAAGGAGAUGUAGUUAAUCUAGAUGAAUGUAAUGAUAGAUUGAAUACAGCAAAUGAUGGCUCAGAUACCAGAGAAGAAAUCAGUAAAAUGUAUGAAAGGUUUAAUACAUCAGAAAAUAGCAACGGUGGAGMGGAAAGCAAAGGGCUAAGCGAAACAAUGAACACAASCAAURUUACUWAURCAAGUACUGAUAAAGRAAACRAAACUKUAUCACAUGAGAGCUUGMUUGAAGAGCAGGAUGAUAUGAGCUCCAYUGAGGUUCAAACAUCAYAUCAAGAURAUAUCCAUGAGAGYAUUUUACCMAGUAAURCAGMACUARUCCAUGAGACUGAAACUAAUGAUGCUGAGAUUCAAAAAAGAAAAGCAAAAAUUGAAUCACUUCUAAAGUCAAGACAAACUACUUUACAUGAUGUCCAAACUGAUGAAGAUGAUGACACCAUUCAUACAAAUACAGAGAAUUCUGCAGAGUUUCUACUACAGUUAGAGAACAGUGAAGAAGAUGAAACUGAAAUGGAAAUAACUAAAGAGUUGGAGGUGUUGCCAACAGAAAAUAGGGAAAAUGARGUGACUGUUUUACAUGAUGAUCAAGAUGAUGUUACAGUACAAUUACAAGAUGAAGAAAAUACAUCAUUGGAUUUAAGCAACAAACAAAAAGAGAGUCCUGUUGCUGCAGUUUUUUCAGAAUUUGCUGGCACAUCAAAGGAAGACUUACAGGUGAUGCAAGUCAAUUUAGAAAUUGAGCAAAACUCACUUCAAAGUGAACAAGCCAGACAGGCAAGAGCUGCUGCUUCAGUCUCCAAUGAAAUGCUUGCWGAAAGYCAGGAACUACUUCAAUUGUUUGGUGUCCCUUACCUUGUAAGYCCCAUGGAGGCUGAGGCACAGUGCSCAUUCCUUGACCUCACUAACCAGACCCAUGGUACAAUAACAGAUGACAGUGAUGUGUUUUUGUUUGGUGGACAAAGRGUUUACAAGCAUCUAUUCACAAACAAUAAACAUCCUGAGUUAUAUACCAUUGAGGCAAUAAAUGGUGGCUUUGCUCUAAAUCGUUCCCAGUUGAUCAAACUGGCUCUGAUAACAGGCAGUGAUUACACUGAAGGUAUACAAGGUUUGGGUGCUGUAAGUGCAAUGGAGGUGUUGAAUGAGUUCAAUUACGAGGGAUUUGAAGCUCUCCUCAAAUUUAAAAAAUGGCAUGAAGAAACCAAGCAAAAUAAACAAAAAACACAAGAAACAAAAGUCAAAAAGAAAUUGCGAACAAUAAUUCUACCCACAGGAUUUCCUUCACGAGAAGUAUUUGAMUCGUACAUCAAUCCUGUGAUAGACGAAACCAGAGGAACGUUUGAGUGGGGCAAACCUGAUUUGCAUUCCUUAAGACUGUUUGCGGAAGAAAGGCUWGGAUGGACGAGCAGUAAGACAGAUGAAGUUUUACUUCCGGUAUUAAAGCAACUGAAUCAAAAUGAAACACAAAAGAAAAUAGACAGCUUCUUUCCGAUAAAAUUCCAGGAAUCAAGAAAGAAAUCCAGCAAGCGUGUAUGCCGUGUUGUGAAUCGUUUCUUGAAUCCAGAUCCACUUAGUGAAAGCAGCAGCGAAGAAGAAAAUAAAAACAAAACGACUAAAAGAUCUCUUCCCACAACAUCCAGCUGCAAAGGAAAGUCAGCGACAUCUCGUAAAAAAGGCGGGCCAUCUCGCAAAUCUCGCGRGCGAGGAAAAGUAAAUAAAGUUAGCAGGGAUGCCGAAGAUGGAAUGGUUGAUCAAGAUGUGCUGUUUGACUCCGAUGGGGAAUUCGAACGUUUGAUCGCAGGUGAAUCACUUACUAAUGAGUCCAUCAACAACAAAAAUGAUAAUAGUAAUUGUGAUGAUUAUUCAGCCAAGCAGCUGAACGGUCGCAAAAAAGAACAGGAUCAAAACCCGACAGAAAGUACUAGAAGAGAAAAGACUCAUCCAAGAAAUAAGAGACGAUUUAAUGAAGUAUGGACACUUGAUCCCGUUAUYCCCCCAAAACACGAAAAUACUCAACAAAGUAGUACAAAUACAGCAAAUCUCGAUAAACAAAUACAUUGUGACGGACUUAAAAGAAAAACGGCAAAAAAACCGAACGACUCGACCAAAGAAAGCGGAGUUUCUGGUCAUCAAGGUUUCUCCGAAGGCAGCUCUACCCCUUCGGACACAGAUUCUGAAGAUGAGCGAAAGUUUCGGAUAAAUUCCAAAAAUAUUACAUCAAAGAUUAAAAAAGAUGACAGAAUCAUCGGCUCUAAAGGAAGGAGAGGGAGGGGAGGGAGGGGAAGAGGAAAAAGGCUCAAAACAUUCAAUUAAAAUUAGAUUAAAAUA